AUGGGGGAUGCGCAUUGGAGAAAAUAUGAUUAUCAGUCCACCUCUUAUCCCGAUAUCGCUGACAUGAAACAUUCCGGCGAUGUGAUGGAUCAUAUCGCGUUGCGAUUUCGAGCGUUAAUUGAUGAUCACAUUUCGUCAUCACAAUCAAUGAAAGGUCAUCAUCGUAUCACGGCAAAUCUGGCGAAUCUUCCGGAAAAUGUGACGAAACUUUACUUUAUUCUUUCCUCGUGGAAUUCACCCAACAUUGGACAUUUUCCGAACCCAAGUUUUAGAAUGUAUGAUACCACAACACCUCACAUAAAUCUGUGCACCUACACAAUUCAAUCGGCUGCGAAUUCGCAGGCUGUCAUAAUGUGUUGUGUUGGUAAAAAUAGUCUUGACGGUACCUGGGCUGUCUAUGAGAUCGGAAGAUUAUCAAAUGGCAAUGCUAAAAAUUAUGCGCCCAUCGAAUACACCAUUGGAACUUUAGAUCAAUAUUUUGCAAACUAA